AUGGCGUUAGAUUUGCCGGCAGAUGACGCCGGCCAAUCUAUCGUCGACGCUGAUCAAGAUGGGCCCAUCCGUAGGCCCCGCCGUGCUCUAGAUGAUACACAUUGCCCAUCUUCUAACACAAAUGAAGACAUAUCAAGCAAUAAAGAUCCAAGAAGACGGCGACAACAAGCAGUUGGUAUUGUCGACAGAGCACUUGUUGCUGUACCAUACCAAGUUGGUCAAUCCUCUUUGAAACAAUUGGAGCGCAUCCUUGACAAGGACCUCUUAUUGAUAACAAGUUUCUUAACUAAGCGGUUAGUCAAGUUAGGAUCCCGCCAGGUGGUAAUAGAGAAGCUGAAUCGUGCUAUCGAACGGUUACGUGACCUCGAAACUUCGUUACGUAACAUCGAUGAAUCUUUGGAUACUCGAAUAUCCGAGAUAAUAACACGUAUAGUUGCACUGGAGAAAGAACCGGAAUUAACUAUAAACCAAUUUGAUGCUUCGUUUCGUUUUGAGGAUCAUCGCAAACGUGUAUCGUGGAUAGUAGCAAAGUACCUAGCCCGUAGGGGAUACAUACGUGCAGCCAGCCAUUACACGGCCAAUGAAGACCUUAGGGAGCUCUUAGAUUCGGAGCUGUUUUUAUUAUGUGAUCGAGUGUACCGUGAAUUGAAAGCGCAUAAAUUAGAUUCAGCAUUAGAAUGGGCUGUAUCACAAAGUGAGACUUUAGCUCGCCAUAAAUCCACCUUUUUAGAUGAAAUAAGGGUACAACAGGUGGUGUUACGUCUAAAAGAUGGCGACUUGGAAGGUGCAACACUUCUACUGAAAUCAUUUGGACAUGCCAUGUUAGAGCGUUGUGAGGACAGUAGGAAGCUUUUUUCCGCGCUGGUACUGUUACGUCUACGUGAUAACCGGUCUACAAAGUCUAAAGAGCAAGGUUCUAGUAACAAAGGUAAAAAUGGUGCGGAGAAUGGUGAAAACACGUUACCGUUACUUCGUCGAAACCGUGGAACUAAAGAUUGCCAAAGGGUACUACUGGGGGUACCAAAUGUCUUUGAAAAAGUAGAAUCAGAACAAUCUGGCUCUGACCCCGCAAGUUGUGAAAAUGAUAACGCUCCAACUUUAGUAUGUAUAUACUGUGCAGAUAACGAACGUAAACGUUGUGCGAUAUGCCGUCGUUAUCGUGAACUAAUGGAUAAUCGGCGUUGGGACCAUUUGGCCCAGGAGUUUGAGCGCAGCGUAGCUUCUAUAUAUGGGCUGAGCCAACAUCCACUGCUAGAGAGUCUGAUACAUACCGGCCUGUGUGCAGUGAAGUCGACCAGUUGCAAGGACCAUCGAAAUGCUACGUGCCCAGCAUGCUUACCAGAAUGGCAACAAUACGUUGACGAGGUACCAACUUCUACUAAGUUGAACUCUGUACUCAUAUGCCCUAUAACAGGCGAGAUUAUGGGUUACGACAAUCCACCGCUCACAAGCCCCGGUGGCUGUGUAGUGUCGGAACGUGGCCUUCGAGUAUUGCAACGCAGCAGUACUGACCAAGACGGGCUGGUGGAAUGCCCGCGAACACGUCAAAUGGUCCCAUCUGACGAGUUCCAGAAACUUUUUAUCACCUAG